AUGGCUGAUCCACGCCAUCAGUUUGAAGCCUUGCAGGACCGCCACUUGCGAGGUUGCCUACUGCGUUUGCUCAACAUAUGCGAUUCCACUGGAUUUCUGGUCAAGCUGUGGAAAGAGAUGGCAAACGCUUUCGAGCUGGAUGGACGAGAGAUGUAUGUGGACGCAUGGCUUCCCCGUAUCACUGGCCUCAUCCGAUAUCUGCUCGAAGGGCUCGGCUUGCCGGACGACAACCGUGAUCGCACGACCAUGGCUCUGGAACUACUCGCCUACAAGGCACAUUGUCUUACCUUCUUGGGUUACACUCGACCAAGGUUUACCUACUACCCAUUUGUGCUACUUUCACGAAACAUGAUACAAAUCGCACGCAUAUUCCCUCGCGGUGUCAUCCCCGAUCCGAUACUUUGGCGCGCCUUAAUCUGCUUCGAGAGCUUAGGGAGAUCGAAUGCGAACGUUGCAUUCUGCGAUCUUCAACAAUGCGACGAGCUUAUGCUGACUCGAAGCACGGAUCCAAAUCCGGGCGAGAGAAGGUCUUACCAUAAGUACGUUUGGCCUCGUACAGCAGCUCGCCUAUAUCUCCUUCUGGUCUUGAUGGCGCAUGACUGCAAGUACAAUCUCGAACCAGACGACGUCUAUGAUGCCAAAGAUGUGGCGAGGCUAUUACAGUCACUCAACACGCCCGUUAUGUCCGUAGGAUCGUGGAUGGAUAUGCCGUACGCUGCGCCACAGACACGCAUGAGGAACGACAUCUCGACGGACUUCUGCGAGCAUGCAGCUCGAUUUCAUCACGGAGCGCAGAUUGGCAACCCACAAACCGUGCCUAGCAAAGAGCUAGCUGAUCCGCGUACAAGAAGGGGACUCAUCUUCUGCCACAUUAGAGGCUUCUGGCUAAGUUCUCAUGCACCCGACACUACUGCUUACGACGCGACGGAUGAUCAUAUGCGGUUUGGGAUUGAUCGAAGCUUUGCUGGGGCGUAUGGCCAUGACGAUGGCUCUGAGGCAGGCGAUGAUUAG